AUGGCAGAACUCAAGCUCGGCGAUUCCCUCCCUACAGACGUCAAGUUCAGCUAUAUCCCCUAUACCCCCGAGAACGCAGACAUUACUAGCUGUGGUAUGCCGACGACCUACGAUGCUAGCAAAGAGUGGGCCAACAAGAAAGUCGUCCUCUUCUCCGUCCCCGGCGCCUUUACGCCUGGGUGCUCUGCAAGGCACCUCCCCGGCUACAUUGAGAAUUUGUCGGCGCUGAAGGGCAAGGGCGUUGACGUCGUGGCUACCAUUGCGUUCAACGAUGCUUGGGUCAUGAGUGCGUGGGGCAAGGCGAACGGGAUUAAGGGGGAUGAUAUUCUCUUCCUCUCCGAUACCAACGCCGAGUUCUCGAAGAAGCUGGGUUGGACUUUGGGCGAGCGUACAGCUCGAUAUGCGCUGAUCAUUGAGAAUGGCAAGAUCACCUAUGCGGAGAAGGAGCCUGGCAGUGAUGUCUCGGUCUCCAGCGCUGCGGCUGUGCUUGCCAAGCUCUGA